CUGACUUUGAGUUUGAGAAACUGAGAAUGUGAAUCUGUCCGUCGGUCAGUCACACUGAUAAACAUUUAUUUAUUUUUUUAAUUAUUGUUGUAAAUACAUAGCAAGAUACAUAUCCUUCUAAAAAAGAAGUAAAAAAUAAGAAACUACUAGUUACUAGUAGAGAGAGAGAGAGAGACAGAAGACAGUCUUGGCGUCCUUUUGGAUCCUUGGACUUCGGUCUCAUCUUGUUCGACCUCAAGGCUCCACAGUCCGCACACACAACAAGAAGAGAGAGAGACUGGUGGACUGGUGGUUCGAUUUCUGUCACUGUGCUGGAGGCCUGGUGCAUUUGAUGAUGAAAUGGUGUAAAACUUCAUAUAUAAUUUAGCCUUCCUAGCUUGUCAUCACCAAAAAUAUUAACUUCAACACCUCUUUACUGGGUCAAUCAACUCAUCAAAAAUCCAAACGCCAUGUUUGGCAUGGGGAAAAAGUCACACAACGAAGCCACCAAGAAAGCUUCGAAGUUGUCGACCAAGACCACCGCUAAGAAGGAGGCUCCCAUGAAGAAAAAGGAAAUCAAGCAGACUUCUGCUGCGAAACACGCUUCGACCCCAAGCCCAAGAAAGCGUGUGGUAGUUGAGCGGCAAUCAUCUCAAGAAGCUGACUCUAAACGAGGUAGAGUGUAUGCAGGUCCCUCCGUCACUGGUCGUAAAACUGUCACAUUCAAUCGACGUGUUGAGGUGGCCGACACCUACGCAAAGAAGGUUUACAACCGUAGAGUAGUUGAUGAGACGGAUUUUGACUAUGCCAGCCUUCGCUUUGCGGCACAGGAACUACAGGCUUUCAAGCGCUCGGAGAUGCUCGUAGUCAAACGAUGCCACUGUGAGAUAUUUCAGCUGCAACGACCGUUCAAGGAGAUACGUAUGAAAAAUGGUACUGUGGUGAAUAACUUCCACGAAGUUACCUCUUUCAAGACUUGCGAAGGUACUUGUGCUUUUGUCAAGGUGGGUGUCGCGACUCCAAUCCCCUGUGCACUAGCUGCAGUUUCAUCGUCCACUGGUAUCCUUGUUGCCGUGUAGAGGAAGACCUCGAGGCACAGAUUCUCAAAUGUACAUAUCUAGUACGACCCAUGCAACAACAUAGUUGUCGGCUAUUCAAGCUGUAUUUUUAAACUAAUUGAUAGGACAAUUUACAUAUUACAUAUAGAAAACUUGACCCGUGCAACGAGCAUUGUUGCCGGCUAUCAAUUAAUAUAUAUCAGGUACGACCCGUACAAUCAUCAUAGUUGACGGCUAAAAAUAGGAUUUUUGAUGAAUAAAUAUGAAU